CAUAAAGUCAUAAAUACAGUUAAAAACAAGAUUGCUUCAGAAAUAUAUGAGCCUUCCAGUUCUUUAUAUUGCUCUAAGUGGUUCACAGAAUUCAAGAAAGAUGGAUUGAUAUGCAUUGUUGUUCAUGAUCUACAGCCUCUCAAUAUAGUUAUUAUUUGCAACUCAGAGAUACCUCUGCUCAUCAAACAGCUGGCUGACACCUUCAGCAGACAGGUAUGUUAUGAAGUUUUCAGUCUUUUUAUUAUCUUUGAUCAGCAUUUGCUUUCAGUAGGCAGCAGAAAUCUGACAAUCUUCCAAACACUUCUGGGCAUUUUUUGGCUGACCAUGCUCCUGAUAGAAUAG